CACUGGGAUCCCGUUGCGCAUGCGCACAGCCCUCUUCCAGGACGUGCACCUGCUAGGAGAGUCCGCCGCUCGACCCACCAUCCCACCUGAGCAUCGCGCACCCAGCCAUGACAGCACACUCCUUUGCCCUGCCAGUCAUCAUCUUCACCACGUUCUGGGGCCUCAUCGGCAUCGCUGGGCCCUGGUUCGUGCCUAAAGGACCCAACCGCGGGGUCAUCAUCACCAUGCUGGUAGCUACUGCUGUCUGCUGUUACCUCUUCUGGCUCAUUGCCAUCUUGGCCCAGCUAAACCCCCUGUUUGGGCCACAGCUGAAGAAUGAGACCAUCUGGUACGUGCGCUUCCUGUGGGAGUGACCAGGAGAGUGACCAGCUGGCUUCUGGCCCCAGAUCCUGGCUGAGAGUCUGGACAUGCUGGGGGUCUGUUUUCACCCUGAGAGCAGAAGCCAGGACUCAACCCAGUCCCAGAAAGGACAAACGCCUUUGUGGAGAAAAGACUUGUGGCCCAGGAUACUCGAACCUUUGUAUCUUGUGAAAUAUGGGAUUGACAUCACAGGCCUGCUCCAGCUCUGGUGUGGGUUAUUCUUUAGGUCUCAAACACUUCUAGAUGUGACAACAUGGAGGUGUUGGUAUCUUAAAGAAAUAGUCACACCAAAUCCCCAUCCUGCACUUUGGGUCAAGAUAGAAAAUUUAGUCUUUUGUAGCAGUGAAGUACUCUGCAUGGGAGGGAGGUGGUGUCUUUGGAAUGUUCUAGUCACUUUCCCUUCCCUCUGUAGAUAAGCUCACCCACUCCCCAGAACCGCUCAGUUGGGGUGCAGCCAUUCCAGGAGGCUACACUUGAUUGGGUUGUGGUGGAGCAGAUCCCAGUGCUGGUCUCAGGAGCAUUGGAAUGAUCUGGAGUUAGGAUUGGGGGACAGACAAGAAGGUACUGUUUGUGGGCUACUAUUGGCUGUGCCUCCCUGGCUUCUGAGACCCUCCGUUCCCAAGCUCAUUGGCUCUGGCAGAGGAUACAGACCGGGGGGGGGGGCACCCCAGGGGACUCCUCCAGCCCGUGCCCUCACCCCUCUGAGAGGGUGACUUUGGAUUUUACAUUCUUGCCUGAGUUCCCAGAGCUAGGACAGAGCCCUGCACAGUCCCUGGUUCCCAGCCAGUGGCUGUCUGAGUUCCCAGGGGGAAGAAAAAGCAGCCUUGAUUAUUUAUUGACUAUUUCUCUGGGCUUCCUCCCCUUGUAGGGGUCAUUUUGGGAGUGGCAGUAGAAGGGCACUGGGCCUGCUGGUUGCAACUUCUCCCUUCCUACCCUAACCCCCCCACCCCCCGAAGCCUUCCUGUGGGGUGGAGCCUGGUGAGCAUGAUGUGUGUUGAAAAGCUGAUUCCUGUCUAAUAAACAGUGGUGAUACAAGA